AAAGAGGGCUUAUUGCUUGACUCGAGGAUUUCCUUUAUGUUCUGUAUAUUUUCGAUAAUUGAACUUCCAUUGUGGUGCAUCUUUAACAUCAAAAUUACGGUGUUCUAACAAUAUCAAAACAAUAAACUUCGUUCACAUUUUCUACAGCCUGGCUUAAGAUUACGGAGUUAUCGAAGAAAACCUUUAUAAUAUGAGGUAUUUUCUGUUUGCUGAUGUCAAGCUUUGACAAUACUAAGUUAGGCAAUCACAAAACUGUCUGCGAAGGUUUUUUAGUACAAGUCUGAUCUUUCUAACGUAAUAAAGCGAAACCGAUCUCACUUAUACAACGCGAGAUACAGAAUACUAAAGCCACGUUUUGAAAAAAAAGGAUUCCGUAUUAUUAGAUCGUAUGCAACAUAUUUUGUCUCCUUUUUCUCGAUAGAAUUUUCUUUGGCCGAAUUGGGUUUACUUUUUCGCAAUUCAGUUCGCUGACUGAAGCCACUGUUUCGACUGCUCCUUGACCUCUAGUGUGGUCCAUGGUUACGAUGCUCCGUAGAAACUGUUUAAGUUAGCACUUAGACAUCGUCAAACGUUGAUGUAAAGUGGUUUCAAAGUUGCGUUGGUUCUCUAAAAUGAUCCGAGUGCUGACAAUUUUGUUCUGACCAAUAUUUAAAUGAGUAUAAGACCUAGGUGAGCCAUUGAUAUGCCUACUAUAUCUGCUAUUGUACCAGGAAGUGGUUCUUCAAACCCCGAAAUGAGAUUACUUUGAACUUUUAAACCAAUUUUCCACUGUCAUCAUUGACAAAGAAGAAUAACUGUAUACCGAAAUCCAAAGAGCUUAAGUUAAAUUAUUUUUUCCGAGUGUUCAGUGAGGAACACCGAAAUUGAAACCAUUUCGAAUAGAAAUUUGAAUGACACUCAUCUAACACUAACAACUAUAAUCAUCUAUUUUAUGAUCGAUUCUGUUUUGAUUAAGAAGCGGCGCAAAGCAGUUCAUCAUUAAUUUUAUGAGCGAACGCAUUUAAAUUCAAUUUUGCGAUCAUUUCGACAGCAAGAACACACAAAUUUUAUAACCGAUACGUAUUUAACGAAAAUCAAAGUUUUUGAUGAGGGAUUAGACAUUGUUUGACAACAAAGAGACAGACAUAAGGAAGACGACAACACAAUGGGCAGACGACUAAAGUGCACCAUAAAAGUGUGAUGGCACUCAAUACAGGUAGCAACUCAGCAGUUUAGGAGUGAUUGGCAUUGAGAAAACAAAAGAAAAUCACAGCGACUUUUACGCUCGAAAGUAUGCAACAAAAUUCGUUUAGUUUAUUAUGUGUGAAGUUUACAAAUGUAUGUAUAUGAAUUGAACUAAAGUGUAGCGGAAAUAAAGCGGCAAUUAAUUAAGUUAAAUUUAGAUGAAAAAGAGUGCAAAACUAAAGAUUGCGGUUUGACAAAUGCCGAGGGUGCAGCAGGUCAGCAGCGCUUUAACGACCGAUGCGAUUUGAUACGCGAUCAGUGCAUAUUGUUGUUGCAGCAAAACAACUAAACACUUUUGUGAUUGUUUGUGUUGUUGCAGAUGCUUUUAAGCUAAUAUCUAUUGGCGAGCAGCAUAAUGCGAUCAGCGCUCGCCUUUUGACGCGAAAAUUGUCAACCGAACUGCGUGCGCCGGCGAUCGACAUUAGCGCCGCCGCCUUUGAUCACCCACUUCGAAGCGCAAAUUUGCAAAUUUGCAUUGAUUUUGCGAAUUUUGUAGUGCGAAAAGCGUAACAAUUCGCAUAUAAAACGAUAUUGCAAGGCAGACAGGUCAAGCAGUGCAAUCGUAAGCCUCUUAGGGGAUCAACACAUUCAGUGCAGUGAAGUGUAGUGUGUGAUUUUGAGUGAAAAUCAAAAUAUUAUCAAACACAUAAAGUUAUAUCUCUAAUAUCGAGAAAGGACUAAUUCUAAACAAUCAAUUUCGUAAUGCGUUCUUUUGUAUUACUCGCUUGUUUGGCAACAAUUGCCGCCGUCAGUGCUGCGCCACAAUUCGGUUACGGUUAUGGUGCCCAGCCAGCUGCCAGCAGUUUCGUGCCUUCAACACGUGGUGGCGAGAAGUAUUUACCGCCCGCCACAACAACACCAGCACCCAGCGUACACAAGCAAUUCUACUUGAUUUCGGCACCGGAAGACACUGAGGGCGCGGGCAAACCAAAACACCUGGUCAUCGGACGUCCACAGAAGAACUAUCGUGUCGUCUUCAUUAAGGCACCAAACUCUGAUAACGACAACCGCAAACUGUCAGCCGAAUUCGCACCACAAGAGGAGAAGACCGUCAUUUAUGUGCUCAGCAAAAAGGAUAAUGAACUCACCGCCAAUGACUUUGCCACACCAGCACCAACGGUGCCCAGCAAACCCGAAGUAUUCUUCAUCAAGUACAAGACACCCGAGGAAGCUGAGGCAGCACAGAAGGAAAUUCAAGACCAAUACGACCAAUUGGGCGGCACUAAGGAAUUCUCUGAUGAAGGUACCGCUCCUGUGGCUUCGGUUAUCGGCUCUUUGGACGGUAUUGCUCCCGAUGGCAGCUACAACUACAGAGCCAUUGCUGCCCCACCAGAGGAACUCGGCAGCGCGUCCUCACCACUUAGCCAAUACCUGCCCGCUGCGGCGCGUCUGUAAGACAACACUUCAAAUGCAGCUGGAUUUGUUAGAAUUGUUUUGUUGUUAUUUGUUAACGUUGCAUUGCGUAACACGUGGCAUAAAGCCGAAAACUCGUUGAUUAAUUGUUAAUUAUAAUUCAUUGUUACUUUUUAUUGUUUUUUAUUUACGAAAAUUAUGCGAUUUAAUAAAAUUUUAUUAAAAAAA